AUUCUGUGAGCUCCUCGCUGUCUCUCCUUCCCCAGCAGCCAGAAGAUGCCCCUCGUAAGCCAUACAUGGGAAACGCUGUGUCUGCCUGCUAUGCUCUGCCCUUAGGCCCCAAAGAGCCCCCGCUGUGCUCCCUGCUCGCUCCUCUGCUUCGUUUGCACCUCGCACGUGUUUUUAUGGCCGUUUUCACUUAGAAACGCUUCGCACACGACCCCCGGGCCGGGAUCCCUGCGGGCACUGAGGGGAUGACGUGUGACCUCGCUGCUCUGUGGGGUGGCAGAACAGGGCCGUGCGCGGUGCACAUCGCACCACCACCCGCGCUUUGCGUGUGGGGGGGGGUUGAGGUGAUCCCCUGAGCCGCGAGGCUUUAUUGGCGUCAAUCCCACUUCCGGGCAAGCCCACAAGGCCAGGCUGGGCCUCAGCGCCACCUUCCCGCCGUCAGCAGCGCGCAUGCGCAGCCACCCCGCGUCUCUAUGGAGGACUCCAUUUCCCAGCGUGCCUUUCGCCGCCCGUCUCCGUUGCUAGGCGACGCGCGGGCCGUGUGGGGGCCGGGUUCUCGCUAGGCCGCAGCUAGGCCGCGGGGCAGAGCCCGCCUAUCCCGCACCACUGUAACCCUCUCCCGUUUGCCUGCUGGACUCCUCCGUCCCGUUCUCUGCCUCAGAGGCGUUUCUCAGCGUUAUGGAGCUGAUUAAAUAGUUAAGGAGGCCUGCGAGCUGCUUGCCUUUGAGGUGGUCCUCGGUUCGUCCCCCAGAACUGUGGUUCGCCACGAAGGACUGAGCACAGCGUGUUAAUUCUCAGCAGAGUGUGGAGGAAGGAUACGUGGCCCCUGCUGUGCUGCAGCUAAUAGGUGGAUACAGUCAGCAAGGAUCUUUGUGCUGGCAAAUCUCAGCUGCUUGAGGUUGGUUGGACCAUGGAGCCCUUCUCACUUGCAGAAACAAGUUCAUCUGUGCCACAGGAAAAAUUCCGUGUCCUGGUGGGUGUGACUGGGAGUGUGGCUGCUCUGAAACUGCCUCUCCUCAUCUCUGGAUUGCUGGAAAUCCCUGGGCUUGAAGUGAAGGUGGUGACUACUGAGAGAGCAAAGCAUUUCUACAACCCCCAGGAAAUUCCCGUCACCCUCUACAGCGAUGAAGAUGAAUGGCAGCUGUGGAAGGACCGUUCUGACCCAGUUCUGCACAUCGAGCUCCGGCGGUGGGCUGACCUCAUGCUGGUGGCCCCUCUUGAUGCAAACACGCUGGCAAAGCUGGCAAACGGUAUCUGUGACAACCUGCUGACUUGUGUCAUCCGUGCUUGGGACCUGCACAAACCCCUGCUGUUCUGCCCAGCUAUGAACACGGCCAUGUGGGAGCAUCCCAUCACAGCUCAGCAGGUGGAGCAGCUGAAAGGCUUUGGCUACACAGAGAUCCCAUGUGUGGUGAAGAAACUAGUGUGUGGAGAUGAAGCACACAGUCUUCUCCAAGAAUUACUCCCAAGAAUCAAGCUGGUGCAAAUCCAGAGCAGCUUUCUCUCUAAUGUGGGCCUAACUGUGGAGUCAUUGGAAUGGUCGUGGAGCCAUGGCAGAAGUGUGGACCAUAGUGGAGAGCGUGAGAAGGAUCCUUGAAGAACGGGGUUUGCCAACACAGAGCUGAUUGCUUGCCAUGAGAAUUGCCUUCCUGACGAUUCAAAGAUAAAACCGACCGGAAACCGAGUCGAGAUGGCAUGUGUCCCUACAGCUCAACUGAAGGAGUGAAACGGUUGUGUUCCAGCUGGUACCAAACUGAAAUGUGGUACAGCACUGCAGACUUUUAGAAACCUAAGCCAAGACCACGUUUCUUUAUUGUGGGAAAACUGUGGUAUCUUGCAGAGAGGGAGUAACGUUCCUCCAGGCCAAGCAGCCUGGUUUGUUUCACGUGUGAUCCUUUCUGAGAAGGCUGCAGAAGGAAUUGCCCUUGUGUCUCCAGCCCAGCAUUGCCCCAAGGGUGGCUGGACUGGUGUGCUUGCUGUCCUGGCAAUAGGAACGUGGGUGUGAGGACAUCCUUGCUCUCCAGCGUGGUCCUUAGCUGUGCUGCCUUCUCCUUUCCAGCAGGAGUCACUGUCCAAAAAGCGUUCUUCCCCUGAGAGCUUAAUAAAAAGAGAGCUUUUAAUUCUG